AUGUGGACUAGAGGAAAAGAGAGAGAGAGAAGAACGGCUGAAGCAAUGUUGAGGAACAAACAGGGAGAUAACCAAGGUAACCUAGAACCUCACGGUUCUAGGGAUUCAUCUUUUCUCUCCCAGCCACCUUCUGACACAUACUUGGGCAACCCAUGGGUUGAGGAGGGUGAUCAAGGGAGAAGAUUAGAGGAAGAAGAUGGGGGAUCAACUGGUGGAAGAAGUUUGUAUACAGAUUGUCCUUUAGUAGCGGCUAAGGUAGCUCAAGGAAAGAUGAAUCCUCCUGAGAUGUGGAAGAGCUCAAGGAAUAGGGGAACAGGAGGGAAUGCAGUAGCGGUGGGGGAGCCGAGGCAGAUGAAUGUGGCAGCAGGAGAGGAUGUGGAUGAGGGAAAAGGCCUGGACCCUUUGGUUUGA